CCCCUUCAGAACGUACAAGACGCAAACCGGAACUCGCUCAGAAAACUCACUAAACGCUUGUGGGGGGUGGCGUUCUUUUCGAGGCUGCGGACCUCUUACCAUGGUCCAGGCAGCCAACUCCAGCAAACGUGUUUCUUCCGACGCCGUGAAGCAUUUCCUUCGUCCCGGGACCAAGGCCCGCGUCUGUCUGGGGUUGAAUGUGCCAUGGCUCACAACCAGCUGAGAAAAAGAUCGCAUAGCAGGAGCCGAAGUGACUCUCGAAGUAAGCACCAUGUGGCAGAGAAAAAGAAGGUAAAGAAAAGGAGGAAGAGCAGCAAAGAUUCCUGGAGCAGGAGAAGCCCGUCUCCGAGCAGCAAAAGUGGCCCUGAAUCCCAGAGGCUCAGGCUGAGCUCAGAAAAAAAAAAGAAAAAAGACAAGAAGAAAAGAAAGACCAGUAUGGUGGCCUCUUCAUCCUCGUCCUCCUCGUCCUCCUCCUCCUCCUCUGAGAUCACGUCCUGCUCUUCUGGAUCCUCCUCCUCCUCCUCUGACUCCUCUCUGGAAGAGUCGAGUGAUGGCGAAUCCAGGCCCAAAAGGAAGAAGCAGAGCAAGAAAAAGCUGGCCAAAGAGAAGGUUAAAAAGGAAAAGAAAAGGAAGAGGAAGAGGAAAGCAAAGAAGAAGGCAAAGAAGAAAAUGAAGGAGAAAGAGGGGAAAACAAGAGUGGAGGAACUGCCCGGACCAUCUUUAGACCAGUGGCAGAGAGAGACAAUGGCAGAUCCUGGACCAGCCCUGACCGAUGAGCAGAAAUCUCGCAUCCAAGCCAUGAAGCCAAUGACCAAAGAGGAGUGGGAUGCACGGCAGAGCGUCAUAAGGAGAGUCACCGAUCCAGAAACAGGGAGAACAAGGCUUAUUAAGGGCGAUGGCGAGGUCCUUGAGGAAAUUGUUACCAAGGAGAGACAUAAGGAAAUUAACAAGCAAGCCACCCGAGGAGAUGGCCUUUCUUUCCAGAUGCGGACGGGAAUGCUGCAGUAAUACUGGUAGAGUGUGUUCCGCUGUGCCAAAGAUGGAUUUCCUGCCCAGUCACAACAGGCUUUGUCUGAAAGAGCGCAUACAACCUGUUUGUCCCCACGAAAAACGCAUGACCAGUGACUUACAUUGCAGAUAAAGGUGGGGGAGAGUGAGGUCCCAACCCACAGCUGCUGCAUGUAUUUGCCACUUUUUGGUGUUAAGCUUCCCUGUUUUGCUGCAAGGCUCCUCCAUUGCACUCUGCAGAGGUCCUCCGGGAGAAGACUCCCACUUCCUUUCUGAACACAAUCCAUAGGGAAACCAGAGGGAGCUUCUUCCAAAGUAAAAGGAGGCCGAGUAGAAACAGACCUAGGCAGUGUUGGGCUUCUGUUCCCAUUGAUCCCAGCAGUCUAAUCAGGGAUGAUGGAUGUUAUGGUCCAUCAUGUCGCUACAGCCACUCUGGCCUGUGCCAUAAGACAGACAUUCCCCAUCUGAGCUGGUAAUAAAAAUGGAUUGAAGCCCCCUUGACUCCAGAAGGCAAGGAGCAGAACUUUUGGAGCAUUCCCUGGUUAGUAUGGCCAUGUUGCUACGCUGGGUGUUAUUAUUCAAAAAGGCAAAAAUUCCCGAACUCCAAUGUUAGCUGAAUUGUUAAUUAGGUUGAGGAUUCUGCAACAGAGCAUCUGAGGCUUUAUGAAAUUUAAGAAUACUUUGAUUUGUUACCCACCUCUCUCCAAGGCGGGUUACAACAUCAAUAGAUAUAAUUGAUUGAAACACACAUUAAAAUAAUUCAGACUAAUAAAAGGUCAAUUAGAAGUGUUAUCAAUUAGAAUGGACUAGAUAGGCCUACUCGAAGAGAGGUCUUCAAUUCUAGUUCAGAUUUGUUCAGCUGUCGGCCGUCUUCUGGCAGGUCGUGCCAUAGACAAAAGGCAGCUGAUGGAAAGGUCCUCUGAGUGACAGGUGUCAGUCAGGUUUUAGCUGGUUGGACUAAGCAUCCUUCAAAGGACCUGUGUCCUAAAGGGCCAUGGAUUGUAUGGGAGAAGGUAAUCCUGUAGGUAACCUGGACCCAACCAUGUAGGGCAGGGGUUCUCAGACUUUUUAAACAGAGGGCCAGGUCACAGUCCCUUAAACUGUUGAAGGGCCGGAUUAUAAUUUGGAAAAAGCAUUGAUGAAUUCAUAUGCACACUGCACAUAUCUUAUUUGUAGUGCAAAAAAAAACCCCACUUUAAAACAAUACAAUAAUUAAAAUGAAGAACUGGGUUGUAGGCUUUUUUUUUUUUUUGGGUUGUAGGCCAUAGAUGCAGGCGAAAAGUCAGGAGAGAAUGCUUCUAGAACAUGGCCAUAUAACCCACAAACCUACAAGCCUUCAACAGUACAUUAAAAUGAGGAACAAUUUUAACCAAUAUAAACUUAUUAGUAUUUCAAUGGGGAGUGUGGGUCUGCUUUUGGCUGAUGAGAUAGGAUUGUUGUUCUUGUUGCUGUUGUGUGCUUUCAAGUCCUUUCAAACUUAGGUUGCCCCUGAGCGAGGGCCAGAUAAAUGACCUUGGAGGGCCGUAUUCAGCCCUCGGGCCUUAGUUUGAGGAUCCCUGAUGUAGGGCCUUAAAGGCCAAAACCAACACUUUGUACUUGACCUCGAAACUCUUUGGCAGCUAGUGGAGUGACUUUAAUAUGGGUGUGAUGUUCCUGUAACCAAUCUGACUGCCAUGUUUUGAACAGAUUAGGUUUUCCAAACUUGGUAUAGAGGGAGCCCAAUGUAAAGUGCAUUGUGGAAGUCCAGCCUUGAGCUCACCAGCAUGUUGCAUCAUCGUAUUUAUUCUGAUUCUAGAAAGGGGCGCAGCUGGACUAUUAGCCAAAGAAGAUAAUAAGCACUCCUGAGUGUCGUGUCUAUCUGCGCUGACAUUUAGCGACAUCUCUCCCCCUGAAAUUGGUUUCCCUAAUGGAGGGCUCUUGAGGGUUGCUCAUGCCGCCAGCGUUAUGCAGUUGGCAGAUGAAGGAGAAUGGGUCUUUUCUUCUUUCCCCAGUAUUUAUUUGGAGAGGUUGAUGAUCUGUCCUCUUAAAGAGACACCUUACAUAAGCGGUGGGAGCAGCUGUUCCCAAGUCCUGCCUUGGCAAUCAGGCACAGGGGCAGAAAUGUAAUUUGCGUCCUGUGCUUUUAAUUAGCUCCCCAUUGUUGAACAAUAAUGCACCUGGGAUUUGGCAGUCGGCGCAAAGCAGGACCACAAACGUCGUGAAGUAUUUACAAAAUGCUAGAAGGGAACAAUUGACUGUAGGAAGGUUGCAUAAACACACAGCUUUCAUGGCUUAAGUUUGGAUUGAUUGUGCUCUUAGACGUCUGUGGCUUCCUUUUCAAAAUCAGAAGUUCUUUUCAAGCCAUUCAGACCCAUUCAGAUAACAAAUGCUGCAAAUAUGCGGUCUCUCUUCAAUUGUGAGACGCACCUUUUUCCUAUGCAGACAGAUCUGAAAAUGAGGUGAGUCUUAGAUUCUCAGGGGUAUUGUAUGUAUUUUUGUUGGUGGUGGCAGUCCUGAAAUUUGGGUGCGUCUUCCAACUGAAGAAACACAUUAUUGUAUUAAAACAACCUUCCUUGCCCAUCAGCUUUAUGAGCAUCAGGGAAUCAUCUGUUCCUUAUGGAACACUGUAAAGCGAAAGGUUUGGUCCUCUAUCAGUGGACAUGUAGCUUGAAAAAGGCAUAUGGAUGAUGUUCUGCAUGCGCAUGGGAUCCUUAUGGCACUGGGAAGACCUACUGAACCAAGGAGGAGGCCAAGAACACCCCUGCUUGAUUCAUUUUGUCAAUAAGUGAGUAAAUGUGAUAUGAGAUCAAACUGUUGAUGUUUUUUCUUGUUCUGAGUGAGUCACAGCCAGAACCUAUUUGUUUUCUGUGUCUCAACGACUCUGUGGGAUAGAUACAUCUGAGAAGUUGCGACCUGUCCAAAGUAAGACUGUGAGCUAAAGGGAGGUUUGACCCAGAGUUCUGUAUUAACCUAUUGCUCUCCCUUCUUGGGCACAACACUAGCAGUAGCUUUCCCCCCAGUGGCACAGUGGUGACAAUGGAAGCUGCCUACCUCUGGCUUCUUUGAGAGCUACUGGUCCCCUUGUCCUCCUUGCCACCACCACCUAUUUGAGUGUAUAGUGUUCCCUCACUUAUUGCGGGUGUUAAGUUCCAGGGUCACCCACAAAAAGUGAAAAUCCGCGAAGUAGGGAUGCUAUAUAUGUAUAUCGCAUUCCGAGGGUGAGAAGGGCAGAAGCAAGGAGAGAUUUAAAGGCAUUGCGCACUUUUUUUUUGCUAGCUAUCUCUGCUUUGCUUUGUAGUCUCUCUUGACUGGCUGCGUCUCUCCUGAGGGGGAGGGUGAAACCCCCUUCCCCACUCCAUCGUUGCCAGGAGGCGGGAUUAGAACGCUGCUCUGGGCAACGACAACCAUUCAUAAACUGGGAGGCAAAAACCCGCAAAACAGCGAGACCGCAAAAAGUGAACCGCAAAGUAGCGAGGGAACACUAUAGUUACAUGGGGCCAAAAGACCUGAUUAACUCCUAAUUCCAAGUUGUUUUGCAUGUUAGUUGGUUGCUUGGUCACUCAGUAAUAUGAAGCCAUGCUGAAGUCACCAGUUUUUGUAUGUCUGGGGACCCCCUACAUCCAUUGCUGCGAUGUCCUCCAGCUUGUGAUUCUCCAAAGGAUCUGACUAAAGGAUCCUGGAGAGAAGUACCUCAAAUCCCCAUAAUGCUACAUGCUACCAAUGUCUUUCAAAGAAGCAGAGACACAAAAGAGCACCUUCCCAUUUUUUUUUAUUCGGUGUUAACAUACAAGUGAUAACCAUAUACAAAGCACACCCAGGCUGCAAUACAAGGCGGCAGUAACAGCAAAGGAGAAGGAUGGGUUGUUACGUACAAGAGUCAGGAGAUUGACAGUAACAUGCACACAAUCACAGUAAUGAAAAGAUGAAACAACAGGCCCAGAUGGGAGUUGGGCCUUGCAGUUGUGCCUUUCUACAUUGAACGGUCUUAAAUAUUUCAAUCUGCUUUCCCCCCUCCAUUGUUUCCCACCUCUGUUCCAAAAAAGAGAACACUCUCAAGAGACAAACAUUUGAACAGUCAGGGAGGAAAGGCGCCUGGGGGCUGAAGGAGACAACAACGUAAGGCUUUUGGACGGGAACGGGAAAUUGCAGCAAUGGGAGAGAUACCUGAACAAGAAGGAUUGCUCUGGUGACAGGAGCAUGGGACAAAAUGCUCCAGGUGAGCAGCAGUUUCACUUGAAAUCUUUUUAGCAGCUGACAUUCUUUGACCUAGGUUUAGGACAUUGUAAACAUUUUUUUCAAAAUUAAAGAUUUUUGAAUGUUU